AUGCCGCCCGAAACCACCCUCAGAUGGGACGUGGAUUCUCCCGACACCGUCAGCCCGAUCGAGCCUGACUCAAGACGGGAUUCGACCUCGCCGCACUACAAGGGGCCGCCCCUCUCGCCCUCUGCAUCGAACAGAGACGAUGGCCAGCCCCGUCAUCGUCGACGCAGCGCCCGCGCCCUCGUCGGCCUCGAUGACAACGUACCGCCCAAACGCCACUUCUCAGGCGCCGAGAAACUGAUGUGGCCUCGAAUACGGCAGACGCUGCAGGAGCCGUUCGCUGAAUUCCUGGGCGUCAUGGUGCUGUCGUGCUUCUACAACGGCAGCAUCGCGCAAUCCGUGCUCAGCGCCGGCAUGGAGACGGCCCCGGGCGGCUUUGGCUACGGCUCGUUCAUGUCGGUGCCAUGGGGCACCGGCAUCGGCGUCAUGCUCGGCAUCUACAUCUCGGGCGACAGCGGCUCCUACCUCAACCCGGCCAUCACCCUCACCGCGUGCCUCUUCCGCGGGCUCCCGUGGAAAUCAUUCCCCUCGAUCGUGCUCGCGCAGUUCCUCGGCGCCUUCAUCGCCGUCGCCCUGGUCUACGGCAACUACAUCUCCGCCAUCGACUGGUACUCUGGGCCGGGCCAGCGCAUCGUGCCGCCCGCCACCAAAGCCACGGCGCAGAUCAUGGCCACGUACCCGCAGACGUUCGUGCCGCGCGCGUCGCAGGUCUUUUCCGUCAUCAUCCCGUCCGGCCUCAUCACCGCCGUCGUCUUCGCCCUCAAGGACGACUACAACAACGGCAUCUCCAAGGCCGGCGGCAACUUUUUCCCCCUCGCCAUGUUCUUCCUGUUCUACGGCGUCGGCGUCUCCUUUGGCUGGGAGACGGGCGGCGCCGUCAACCCCGCCCUCGACUUCUCCGGCCGCCUCCUCUCCAGCGCCGUGGGCUACCCCCGCGACGUGUGGACGGCGGGCGGCUACUACUUCUGGAUACCCCUCCUCAUGCCCUUUGUCGGCGCCGUUGCCGGCAGCUUCCUGUACGACGCCCUCGUCUUCACCGGCCCGAGUCCGGUGAACAGUCCGUGGCUGGGCAUGAAGCGCUUCGUCGACCGCGACAUCCAGAGGCAGAACUCGAGGGAGCGUGUCGAGGCGCGGCGAGAUAGCGAUUUGGAGCAGGUGUAG